AUGAACACAAAAUCUGUCCGAAACCGUAUCAUAUCCGUUCUAAGUGACAUUCAAGUCACAAGACCAGCCCCCUCACUGUUGGCGUUCGAAGGAAUCGCCGCACAAACAGACCUCUAUCACGGUGCGCUGGGAAAAAUCUGCGUGGCGCGCAAUACGCCCGAAGCUUUUACACGGAAAAUGUUCAACAAAUGGCGGGGGCUGGUAGAGAGCGCCCCCGCCGCCGGCCGCCCGCGU